AUGUCUGGGGAUUGCUUGAACUUGGCAGAGUCUGUUGUGCCCAGGUCAUCAAGAGUUGACGUUUCUGUCGACAACUUAAUAGAUGAUUCAUUUUCUGUAACACCGGAACUAACGGUCUCUGCUGUAGUUGUAGUGUUGCUGCCGUGUUGGACACUUGAAGCAGUUUCCAAGAUGGAAACUUCGGGCUCGAGCGUUUUGUUUGCAGUCUCGGUCGAAUUGGUUGGCUCGGACACAUUAGACAAUAGUGCUGUUUCCACCUUGAUAUCCUCGGUCUUCUUGUCCGACGAUGUUGUGCUCGACGCUGUCUCCGUCAGAUUCGUUUCUAUCACAGAAGUUUCAACAAUAUCUGUGCUGCUUGUCGAAACGUCUCCUGACGUAGUCUCUGACGUUGUGUUUGCCGGGCUCUCGGCGGCGAAAUCCGUCAGAUUCGUGGUCAAAAUAGAUGAGACUUCGCUAGAGGUCGGUGAUUGUGAUUCCGGCAGACUCGUCUCUGUUUCCUUAGUUCUGUUAGUUACUGCAGAUGAAGUAGAAUUGGCUGAAACUUCCACACCGCUUGAAGAACUGGUCUCAAGUGGUUUGUGUGUUGUAUACUCACCAUCAUCCGGAAGAACACUGGUAUCUCCAACAUUGGUGUUUUCGCUUAUAGACUUAGUUGUUGAGUCCGCAGUAUGGAUAGGCACAUAA